AUGACAGCUGCUCAAGAACCCCAGGCGCCUCUCGUCGUCCUCGCCUCGACCCGCGCAAUCCUCACCCUGCCAGACGACAGCCUCGUUCUCACCCCGGCCACGAUCUCAAUCUCUCCCUCCACCGGCAAGAUCGUCAAGAUCAUCCCCGCCGUCCUGCCCAAGACAUCGUUCCCCUCGACGACAACCUACACCAACUAUGGCAACAAGCUCCUCCUGCCCGGCCUCGUCGACGCCCACGUCCACCUCAACGAGCCCGGCCGCACGGAGUGGGAAGGUUUCUGGACCGGCACGCGCGCCGCGGCCUCGGGCGGUGUCACCACCGUCGUCGACAUGCCCCUGAACGCCAUCCCGCCCACGACGACCGUCGCCGGCUUCAAGGAGAAGCUCGCGGCGAGCCAGGGCCAGUGCUGGGUCGACGUUGGUUUCUACGGCGGUGUGAUCCCCGGUAACGCGGAUGAGCUCCUCCCGCUCGUUGAGGCCGGUGUGCGAGGCUUCAAGGGUUUCCUGAUCGAGUCUGGCGUCGACGAAUUCCCCGCCGUCUCCUCCUCGGACGUGGCCCUCGCGAUGAAGACACUCAACGGCACCCCCACGACGCUCAUGUUCCAUGCCGAGAUGAUCCCGCCCAUCGCCGACUCCGUAGGCGACGCCGUCCAGCAGUCCGAGCCCCCGGCCGCCCCGACCGGCGAGCUCACCUCCUACAACACCUUCCUCGAGUCCCGCCCGCCCUCGUUCGAGACCUACGCCGUCGAGGAGAUCCUCUCGCUCGCGCACCUCGCGCCCGACCUGCACCUGCACAUCGUCCACCUCUCGGCGACGCAGGCGAUCCCGCUCCUCCGCUCCGCCCGCGCCAAGGGCGUCAACGUCACGGCCGAGACGUGCUUCCACUACCUCGGCUUCGCGUCCGAGGAUAUCGAAGACGGCGACACGAGGCACAAGUGCUGCCCGCCGAUCCGCGAGCGCUCGAACCGCGACGGGCUGUGGGAGGAGCUGGUCGCGCCGGACUCGUGCAUCAGGACCGUGGUGUCGGACCACUCGCCCUGCACGCCGCAGCUGAAGCUGCUCCCGGAGGCCCUCGAGGCGCCCGCGAGCGGGGAGCAGAGCCCCGGCGUCGACAUGCGCCACUCGGAUUCCGGAAUCGACAUGACCAUCCCCGGCGACGGCGUCGACAAGAUCCUGGCGGAGAGGACGGCGGCGAGGGCGGCGGAGACCACGCGGGGCGACUUCUUCGCGGCGUGGGGCGGGAUCUCGUCCGUCGGACUGGGGCUGCCGAUCGUGUACUCCGCGUCCAAGGCGCGCGCGGCCGAGCUGGGCGCGGGGUCGGCGCCGUCGAUUGUGGAUAUCGUGAGGUUGUGCGCGCAGGCGACGGCGGCGCAGGUGGGGCUUUCGCACCGCAAGGGCGCGCUCAAGGUCGGGAUGGACGCGGACGUGUGCGUGUUUGACGAUGCGGACGCGUGGACGCUGCGGUCUGGGGACAUGAGGUGGAAGAACAAGUGUUCGCCGUGGGAGGGCAAGGAGUUCGCCGGCAGGGUGCAGGAGACGUGGGUUCGCGGGCGCAAGGUGUGGGAGUUUGGGGGUGUGAACGGUGGGUUUGUUGGGGAGUCUCCUGUCGGUGAGGCUAUUGUCGAGAAGAGGGUUGCUUAG